GAUGCGUAGGGCUCGCGGUCUUUGAACAAUACUUUCCGUCACAUGCUCGCGAUAUAAUAAAUUAUUUACUUUAAUUUUUGAUUACCUAUCGCUGAAAGAAUGGCAGACAAGAAAGACGAUCCUCGGGAAGUGUUGUCCCUCUUAAACUCACUGGGAUUUGUCGGAAUAACGGCACAGCAGCUGAAGGCAUUCAUGAAAGACUUGAAAAUGCACAGAAAAAUAAGAGAGAGGGAGCGACAGCAGUGGAAAGAGGAUACGAAGAAGAAAAUCCUUCUACGACAGCAGCAACUGUACAAAGAAGUACUGCGCGAGCAUAAAAUGGAGACCGGAGGUUUGCACAGCCUGACAGAAAGUACAAUAUCGUCAGAAUCUUCAACGUUUCAUGACGACUCAUCUUGCAAAUUAGUAACAGUGAAAAUCCGUUGUUUUCCCAAAGACAAGGAGGAAGAGGUAGCAAAGGAAAAUCACAUCAACUAUGUUAUACCGACAAAGAAAACUGGCUCUACUAAAACGCACACCUCUUGGGCUGAGGAGUUUCGACAAAACAGCCUCAAUUCGGAUAACGGAUAUAAUACCAGCUCCUCAAGUUUGAUUAAUGAAUCUCACCGUCACUUCGAUCGGUUGAAUAAUAUCAGCCAAAAUCACAGUGCCGGCGCGUCAACAGACAGCACAAAGUAUAUAUCGUUGGAGAAAUCGACGAAAAGAGCCACGCGGUCUGAUCAAAAUUUGAAACAAACAAAUCUCGCCCCCGCCAAAUCGCCCACACGACACAAGGCCUCAAGUUCUCGCAGUGCUCCAGUUACGUCGGAAAGUUGCAAACGCAGCCAACCCGCUGAAGUUCCUGCCAAUCCACCGCCAUCUAGGAGCUCUGUUCAAUCAAGACCAAAAUCAUUCAUAAGGCCCUGGAGACUUCAGCCAGAUUCCCAUAGAUCUUGCAUGAAUACAAAGUCUGAUCCAGUUGCACUGUAUCAAAAGUACAAAGAAGAAUGGAAGCAGCUUGCUCUCCCUGGAGAGGAGAAUCAUGCUGGAGUUAGGUGGGCGGUCAGGGAAAAAAUGCUCGGACUAGAUCCAAAUCCACGGCCAAUAUUAAAAAAAAGCUCCAGCACGUCGGCAAUAAAAAAGAGAUGAUUCCGUACCGUGAUUUUUUAUUAUAAUUAAGCUCGUUAAUCAUUAUUAUUAAUUAUACGAAUGUUGGACAUAAACGCACUCGUUAAUGUAAAAAUGACGAUAUUACGUAUUAUACUAAAUAAUUAUUCAGCUAUAUUGCAACGAUUUUAUUGAACUGAUGAAUAUGUGAUGCCCGUCAAAAGAACGAAAUCCUUCAUGGAAAGAGUAUCAUUAUUUUGGAGAAGAUAUUUUAAUCAAUUUAUAAAUGUGUAAAACCUAGAUGUAAGUUUAGCCUUAAACAAAGUGAUGAUUAAUUCAUAAUUUUAAUUGUAAUAAACCCCGCAGAUCUAUUUAGUAA